GGCAAAAAAAAAAUAAAAUGGAAUUGGAAAAAUUGGUUGAAGCUGCGGAGGAAAAAAUUAGUUUGGGAAAGAGUUUGAUUGAGGAGCUGAAGGAUUUGGCAAAAGUUGAUGGCGUUAAUAAGGUUGAGAGGAAAAUUAGGCAGGAAAUUAAGUUUCUUGAAAAGGUGAAAAACAAUGGAAAAAUCCAAAUCAGCAACAUAAUGUGUUCGAAUCUCACGUACUUCAAAUCUCUCGUUUUCGUCUUGCGCCAAGUUCGAGGCCUGAAAGCUGUCGAUUACCCAAUUCCCAUAACGAAUUGCGACAAAACUCUCCGAAUUGACAUUGUCUGUGAUAACGGGGCGACUUGGAUCAAAGUCAUCGCUCGCAACUCCAAAUCCAUCAAAGACACUGUCGAGGGAAAAGGCAGCUACAUGGCACGCAGCAUCGUCGAUCAAGCCGAAGACAUUGUUGACGCCGCACAACUCAAUCCGCACUUGUAUCACGCUCCCAAAGUAAUUUUCCAAUUCGCGAACGAAAUCGAUGCCGAGCUCCAAGCAAAUUUGGAAGAAAUUGGCGUCGAAGUGCGAAGUUUGCAUGAGUUACCGACGAAAAAAGAGGAAAACGUCACGCAAGAAAUCGAUAUUUUGAACCUGGAUGUGACCACGUUGAUCGCUUAUACCUCAAAUUUGACAAACGGUUUCAGUUUUUGCGAGUUUGGCGAUCACAUUUUGAACCAACAAGCGGAAAUGGAGCGAAAAAAUCCCGUAAAGCCCGUUUUAGACGCGAUUUUCAAGGAUAAAAAGUUGAUUUGUUGCGAGACGGCGGUAAAAUCCUUCACUGACAUCCUGAAUUUUCUCGGAGGACCGCAGGAGAAGGAACGCGCGAAGCAAUUUCUCGAGUCAAUUUCAAUACUGCCCGAUACGGAAGAGACUCCCGAGGAAUUUUGUGAUGUUUUGAUCACGGCACAGGUCAAAGAGCGGAGUUUGAAGAUUUUUUCCUUUGGGAUUGUGCACAAAGCGAUCACUGUGACCUCAAAUGAGGGCUUUUAUCGUUCCGUGAAGAUGCAAGGAGGACUCGAUAUUCCCGUUUUUCUGCAUGAGGCACGAGCGUUGACUGAAUUGAAAGAACUGAAGCACUAAAAAUUGACUUUCUGUAAAUAAAUUAGAACAAAAAAAAUUAUUAAAAAUUAUU